AUGUCGCGGUGCGGGGGUCGUCUCUCCUCGCUGGAGGUGCUGCUGUGUGUGCUCGUGGUCGUCCUCUUCGCCGCCGCCGUGGCUCUCAUCGUGGUGUCAUGGAUGGCCCUCAACGCAGACGAUUUGUUUUCCACCUCUAUCCACUUGUCUUCCUCAGAGCAAGGUGAUGAGACGACGAGGACGGAGCUGACGGGGACUCUGAGGAUCACUAGAGGGGUCGACUUCACUCCGGACCUGCUCAACAGCAGCAGUCUGCAGUACAAAGCUCUGGCCUUCGACACCGAGACCAUGAUAUCAGAAGCCUACAGCCACACCGCUCUCAAAGACCAAUACAUGGAGUGUGAAAUCUUCAACUUCAGGCCGGGCAGUGUGGUGGUGACGUUUGGCCUGUCCCUGCAGGGGGUGGUGGAGUCCAGGGAGGCCCAGGAGCAGCUGGUGACGGGCCUGCAGAGUGGGGCAGCGCCCUCUGGGGGUCUGGUGGUAGACACUACCUCUGUCUCCGUCUCAGCCAUCAGCACCACAAAACCAGCCUCCAACCAAACCACUACCCCAGCCAUAAGCACAACUACUCCAUCCUCCAACACAUCUGUUGGCACCACCACCACCACCACCACCACCACAGCAUCCCCAGGGCCCUGCCCAGAGGGGCAGCGUGUGUGUGGGGAUGGCAGGACGUGUGUGGCCCUGUCUCAGUGGUGUGACGGACUGAACGACUGCCCUGAUGUGUCAGACGAAGACGCAAAGCUGUGCGCAACCCCGUGUGAUGGGCAGUUCGUCCUCCUGGGUCCAGCAGGCUCCUUCCACUCCGAGAACUUCCCCCUGCACUACGAGAACCAGAGAGUGUGCCGCUGGAUCAUACGAGUGCAAAAGGGUCUAUCUAUCAGGGUGGACUUCCAGUCGUUUGACACUGAGCACCAGACAGACAUUCUGAGCCUUUAUGAAGGAGUGGGACCCGAGAGAGUCUUAUCGUCCUCCCUGUCAGGUUCCACUCCUCCUGGUGUUCUGUGGUUGCUAGGAGACGAGGCCACGGUGGUCUUCUCCACUGACUACUACAACACCUUCCCCGGCUUCAACGCCACAUACUCCGCCCACAACCUCAGCACUCUCUCCAAUGAGCAGAAGAUCCAGUGCAGCUUCGAGGAGGGCAUGUGCUUCUGGAGGCAGGAUGCUGAGGACGAUGAUGAUUGGCUGAGAGCUCGAGGGCCCAUGCUGCCCCCCACCACCGGACCCAGCGGAGACCACACCCUGGGCAAUGCAUCAGGUUUCUACAUAGUGACUCCAGGAGGUUUCGGGAACUUUGAGAAGAGUUUCAGACUCCACAGCCUUCCUCUGGCGCCCUCCACUGGCCCAAUGUGCCUCAGCUUCUGGUAUCACAUGUAUGGGUCUGAGAUAAGCAGCCUGAGAGUUUGGAUGAAGACGAAAGACACCUCCUCUCAGCUGUUCCUUAAGGAGAAUAACUACGGAGAUCACUGGAACUACGGCCAAGUCACACUCAACACCACUGCAGACAUUACAGUUGUGUUUGAGGCGAGGAAGAGGAACAUGAGAGGAAAUGACGUGGCCCUGGAUGACAUCAGCAUGAGUGACGGAGAGUGUGAAGGAGGACCUCCUGACCCCACCCCCGUACCACCGCCAACCACACCCCCACCCAUACCAGCUGACUGCGGGGGCCCGUUUGAGCUGUGGGAGCCCAACACCACACUCAGCUCCCCCAACUACCCCAGCGGAUACGGCAACAAGCACACCUGUGUGUGGAACCUGCACGCACACGCAGGCCGCAACAUCCAGCUGCACUUCCUGGACUUCGCCCUUGAGAUGGCCUACGACAUCUUGGAGGUCAGAGACGGGCCGGAGCCUGGCGGCAAACUCCUGGGUGUGUUCACUGGAGAGCGGAGCUUUCCUGACGUCUUCUCAACAACCAAUCAGAUGACGCUGCUGUUGUUCACCGACAGCUCAGGGAACGACAGAGGCUUCAAGGCCAACUUCAGCACAGGCAUUGGACUGGGCCAACCUGAGCCGUGUCCAGCCGGAGACUUCCAGUGUGCCUCUGGUGUGUGUGUGUCCAACAGCAGUGUGUGUGAUGGGGUGCCCAACUGCCCCGACGCCUCCGACGAAGCACAGUGUGUGCACCUGCUGGCCGUCAACAGUACAGGAGAGGCCAGACUGGAGCUCCAGGUCACCAGCAGCCGCUACGCUCCCUGUGCUCACAACUGGACCAUGCACUUGUCUCAGUACUUCUGCAGAUACCUUGGCUACAGGUCAGGAGAAGGCCUUCCCGUCUCCGCCAGAGAGGACUCUCUCUUCAUCUCUGUCUCUCUCAGGACCAAUGGCAGCCUACAACUUGAGUCCAGAGAGAUGGAUGAGAGGACGGAGGGAGAGGACGACAGGGUGGUGGGUGGCGAGGAUGCGAAGGAAGGGGCGUGGCCAUGGGUGGUGUCCCUCAGCUGGUUGGGCCGUCACGUGUGCGGGGCCUCCUUGAUUGACAAGCAGUGGCUCGUCACAGCGGCACACUGCGUCAUUGGGAAGAACGUCCACCUGUCCAACUGGCGGGCCGUGUUGGGUCUGCACUCGCAGUUCAGUUCUGACCCGCAGAACAAGCAGACCCUGGAGGUGGACCAGAUCACCAUGCACCCCGACUACAACCGCCGCACCAAGCAGGCCGACAUCGCACUCAUGCACCUGGCAACACCUGCCAACUACACAGGUGGGUCUACAACCGCCGCACCAAGCAGGCCGACAUCGCACUCAUGCACCUGGCAACACCUGCCAACUACACAGGUGGGUCUACAACCGCCGCACCAAGCAGGCCGACAUCGCACUCAUGCACCUGGCAACACCUGCCAACUACACAGGUGGGUCUACAACCGCCGCACCAAGCAGGCCGACAUCGCACUCAUGCACCUGGCAACACCUGCCAACUACACAGGUGGGUCUACAACCGCCGCACCAAGCAGGCCGACAUCGCACUCAUGCACCUGGCAACACCUGCCAACUACACAGGUGGGUCUACAACCGGCGCACCAAGCAGGCCGACAUCGCACUCAUGCACCUGGCAACACCUGCCAACUACACAGGUGGGUCUACAACCGCCGCACCAAGCAGGCCGACAUCGCACUCAUGCACCUGGCAACACCUGCCAACUACACAGGUGGGUCUACAACCGCCGCACCAAGCAGGCCGACAUCGCACUCAUGCACCUGGCAACACCUGCCAACUACACAGGUGGGUCUACAACCGCCGCACCAAGCAGGCCGACAUCGCACUCAUGCACCUGGCAACACCUGCCAACUACACAGGUGGGUCUACAACCGCCGCACCAAGCAGGCCGACAUCGCACUCAUGCACCUGGCAACACCUGCCAACUACACAGGUGGGUCUACAACCGCCGCACCAAGCAGGCCGACAUCGCACUCAUGCACCUGGCAACACCUGCCAACUACACAGGUGGGUCUACAACCGCCGCACCAAGCAGGCCGACAUCGCACUCAUGCACCUGGCAACACCUGCCAACUACACAGGUGGGUCUACAACCGGCGCACCAAGCAGGCCGACAUCGCACUCAUGCACCUGGCAACACCUGCCAACUACACAGAUUACGUGCAGCCUGUGUGUCUACCUCACGAACAGCAGCACUUCCAGGCGGGCAGGAAGUGUGUCAUCGCCGGCUGGGGACGAGUGGAGGAGGGAGGUGAGCUGGGCUGA